GCUUCUCCGUGCAAGAGACCAAAAAUGGUUGCUGCCAUCUUGUUUGUUUUCAGUGGGAGGAGGAAGAGGAGGGGUGGAAAAAGUAAACUACAGUACAGCCGCCCCGAAAAAUUAGAGCGUAAUUGCAGUCUCUAACCUUUGUCCCUGCAAGUCGGUGGUCCCCGUCCCCUCCUCCCCCCUUGGGUGAGAAGGUGCUGGGUCAAUGUUUUACGCCCACUUUGUACUCAGCAAGCGUGGGCCGCUGGCCAAGAUCUGGCUAGCGGCCCACUGGGAUAAGAAGCUCACCAAGGCUCAUGUGUUUGAAUGCAACCUGGAGAGCAGUGUGGAGAGCAUCAUCUGCCCUAAGGUGAAAAUGGCCCUGCGUACAUCAGGUCAUCUGCUCCUGGGGGUGGUGAGGAUCUACAACAGGAAAGCCAAGUACUUGUUGGCUGACUGUAACGAGGCUUUCAUCAAGAUCAAGAUGGCCUUCAGACCAGGUGUGGUGGAUCUGCCAGAGGAGAACAGAGAAGCUGCCUACAACGCCAUCACCAUGCCAGAAGAGUUCCACGACUUCGACCAGCCACUACCAGACCUAGAUGACAUCGACGUAACCAAGCAGUUCACAUUGAACCAGAGUCGAGUGGAAGAGAUCACCAUGAGGGAGGAGGUGGGCAACCUGAACCUGCUGCAGGAGAUUGACUUCGCUGACUUUGGGAUGGAUGACCGGGAGAUGAUGCGGGAAGAGAGUGCCUUCGAGGUGGACAUCAUCCAUGGUGCAUCAGCCUCCAACCUGCUCCUAGACCCAGAGACCUCUCAGGCCCAGAUCACAGACAAGUCCAACCACCUGGAGUAUGACGACCAGUACAAAGAUGACUUCGGAGAGAUCCCCAUGGCUGACAGCGAAGGAGGCAUGCUGGUUGACAAGCUCCUAAGUAACAAGGAUGGGGGUGGCAUUUUCGAUGACCCUCCCGCCAUCACGGAGAGCGUGCUGAGGCUGCAGGAACACGAUGUCGAAGAUGACUUUGAUGCCCUCUCACCGGGAGGUCCAGACAGCCCAGACUCAGGCCCAGCAGAGCCCCUGCCCGCCAUGCAGGACCAGACAGAGCAGACCACGCUGGUACACAACGAGGAGGAGGCUUUUGCCCUGGAGCCUAUCGACAUCACAGUCAAGGAAACCAAAGCCAAGAGGAAGAGGAAGCUGAUUGUGGACAACCUGAAGGAGCUGGAUAGCAAGACCAUCCGUGCCCAGCUCAGCGACUACUCUGACAUCGUCACCACGCUGGACCUUGCGCCACCCACCAAGAAGCUGAUGAUGUGGAAAGAGACGGGAGGCGUGGAUAAGCUCUUCUCUCUGCCAGCACAGCCCCUCUGGAACAGCAGGCUUCUUAAGAUGUUUACCCGCACCCUGACCCCCCUGGUUCCAGAUGAGAUGAGGAAGAGGCGGAAGGGAGGUGAGGCAGACAGCCUGGAUGAGUUCUUGAAGGACCUGGAGAACCCUGAGGUGCCCAGAGAGGAGGUCAUGCAGAGGGACAUCAUCGACCAGACCAUCCUGGAGGAGCCCAGUGUAUUGCAGGCAUCGGCCAUGGAGGGCAGCAGGACCACCCUGGACGAGUCAGUCAUGCCCCCACCCUCCUCCAUGCACGGCCAGAAACGCAAGGCCCAGGACACAGAGCCAGCAUUGCCCAUGGGUACUCUGGAACAGGCUGCCAACCAUUCAGGUGUGUCCCAGCAAUUGGACAUAACGGUGGAGCUGCCCCCUGAGGACAGCACCAACCUCAGCCAGUUCCCCGAGCUGGACCUGAUAGAGGAGAAAAAGGACAAGAAGGAAGGAGAGGACGACUCAGACGAGGAGGAUGAGGAAGGUCAGGCCGGAGAACAGGCCCGAGAGGAGAGGAGGUGGAACAAGAGAACCCAGCAGAUGCUCCACGGCCUACAGAGGGUGAUGGCCAAGACGGGGGCCCAGCAAAUUAGCCUGCUGGAUCUGUGCAGGAACAACAACAAGAAGCAGGCUGCCGCCAAGUUCUACAGCUUCUUGGUUCUAAAGAAGCAGCAGGCGGUGGAGCUCAACCAGACAGAGCACUACAGCGACAUCAUCGCCACCCCUGGAGCCCGCUUCCACCUAAUCUAGACUCGACACUGGCUGCUUUUACUCUAAACCUGUUGUUUUGUAUAGAAUGUUAUUUAGUUCUCUAACACUGUGCAUAUACAUUUUUGUUUUUAUACCGACGCUGAACAAAAAUAUAAAUACAACCGGCAACAUUUUAAAAUCUAUGGAUUUCACACGACUGAGCAGGGGCACUGGGCCUGAGAGGGCAUAGGCCUACCCACUGGGGAGCCACGUCCAGCCAAUUAGUUUUUCCCCACAAAAGGGCUUCAUUAUAGACACAAAUACUUCUCAGCACAUCCCCCCCCACCCGCAGGUGAAGAAGCCUGGGCUGGUGUGGCUCCACCUGGUCUGUGGUUGUGAGGCCGGUUGGAAGUACUGCCAAAUUCUCUGAAAUGACGAUGUGCAUAAAACGACUUAUGGUAGAAAAAAUGGCAACAGCUUUGGUGGACAUUCCUGCAGUCAACAUGCCAAUUGCACGCUCCCUCAAAACUUCAGACAUUGUGUUAUGUGACAAAACUGCACAUUUUAGUGGGCUUUUAUUGUCCCCAGCACACAGUGGACAUGUGUAAUGAUCAUGCUGUUUAAUCAGUUUCUUGAUAUGCCAUGCCUGCCAGGUAGAAAUUCUCACCAACAGCGAUGUAAACAAAUUUGUGCCCAAAAUUGGAGAAAUAUGUCUGGGAACUCUUUCAGCUCGUGAAACAUGGGACCAACAUUUUACAUGUUGUGUUUAUAUUUUUUGUUCAGUAUGUGCUUUUUUGUCUUGAGAUGUUUUUUUUUUUUUUUUAUUGAAAGAACAAGCGGCGGUUGGUGGGGGAAGUCACGAUUGGUGGGAUUAUUGUAUGCCUCCUGUCUUUGGCUUUUGUUAUCCAAUGAAAGCUCUAUGUUUUGAUAUCAUGUGUUGCAUUCAGAGGUUCCAUUUCCCUCCCAUAAAAAAAAGUUAUCAUGUUUUAAACCCUUUAGCUAAAAGAAGCGUGUAGUACUGGGCAAGUUUCUGAAACACACCAGCAAUCUUAUCUUGAAGACCAACAGUAGCUUAGUAGUUUCAAGCAUUCCAAUGGGUUUGUUUUUCAAUUGUGUUUACAAGUGCUUGUGUUUCUUGACUGUACUUUAUAUUUUCAAAUGUCUGACAUUUAAAAUGUCUCUGUUGUGGUGAUUUGAGGAUCAUGUAGAUUUUUAAAAUAACUACUCUUUAUUGCAUGCUCCAUUUUUAAAUAUACUUUAUUCCAAUUAAUUGCUCCUGAAAUUGUAUUUCUUGAAUAAUUACCUUUGUUUUAAGUCACAUACUGUGACAAUGAAAAUACUCGUUUCAACUAUCUAAUGCAGAUGUUAAUGGUUUGGUCAGAAUUAGACUUAAAUGCUGCAUCUUUCAUCACUCUAACUUUCAAGACAACUCAGCCCAGUGGGUGUCAGGAAACUACAUUUAAUUCAAAUUUGAUGCAGCUGAAUGUCAAGAAAUCUCUAUAUAGAAAACUUUAAUUUGGUAUUCAUUAAUUAAAACAGUUUUGAUGGAAACUUGCAUAGGUGUUUAGACUCGUUGCGACAGUCAUUCUUGAAUACGCUAUUGCUCGUCUUAUCAUGGUUCAUAGCUGCAGAGGACAAGUAGUUCUGACCAUCCUUUACAAUGAAUGCAUUGUUUUGAUAUCCAUGGACUCCCUCUGAAAUUGUAUAUGAUGUAAUGUUUCAGUGCAUCCCCUUUUAAACUAUGUGCCAGUAAACUUGCAUUUUCCUUUUUGUAUAAAACCCAAAAUUAUAUAUUGUAGAUACUGUUGCUAAAAUGUGUUCUAAAUCAGAUAUUUGAUGCCAUGCUUGUAGUCCUGAGCCCCAGCAUCUGAUGUACGUUUUCUAAUAAAAUGAAUACUGGUUCAUGUCAA